CAAAGGAGAAAAAAGGAAGCUUGUCCAUGGGGAUUAUUUCUACAACUUUCAGAGGCUUAAUUCUACUAAUUUUUUGAGUUUUUAAGGAGAAAAAAAAAAACAUUUUUCUCUCAUUAUUUGAGUUUUGAAAAUUUGAAUGUUCUUCAUCAUCUUUUUCCUCCUACAUUGUUUGAAUUUCAUCUAUUCAUUUAUUGUUGCUGCUCACCAAUUUUUUUCUUCAGAAAAAUCUUUGUCUCUAAUUUUCAUAACCAAGAAAGGUGCAUUUUUUAUUAGAACUUGUUAUUAUAAUUGGUUGCAAAUGCAACCAGGGGAAUGUCCUGUUGUGGCUCCUCAUUUCCCCCCCGGGAAACUCUCUACAUUUGAGGAAAAUGACAUGCAUGAAACCGAAAAAACAUCCUCCAUAAUAGUAUCAAAAAGUUAUAAUGCAAGUGCAACAAAAGGCUCCAGAGUUCACAAUUCAUGUGGGGUGGCGGACAACUUUGUAAUAAUGACAGCCCUCAGGAGCAAGACCCUCACCUUGAGAGACUUGCUUGACCUAUCGCCUUGUUUUGGCUCUGCAUCCGUAAAUGAGCUACUGAUAUUGACCUUGAAGGAUCUACAUAAAAUGUACCCUUCCAUCAGUCCGGAUAUUCCAUUGUCAAAUAUUGAUGGAGCAGGAAUGGAUCAGGCACUACAAUGCUUUUGUGAUACUCUGAAAUCAAUCGGGGCAAUAUGGACGCGUGAUGAUGAAUUCAUAAUGAGAUUGAAUGAGGAAUACAGUCAACUCCAUAACGAUCUAAGGCGUUAUGGGUUGGUAUUGCUUGAUGAGAUGAUUAAGCUAGCCACUGAAAGGGUGUUUGAUUUGAUGGACGAGGAUGACCAGACGAGAGAUGAAAGUCCUCCAUUCGACGCAUUAGGGAGGGCUCAGUCAGAGACCCACUUGAGCAACGAGUCCUCCCUCUCAAGCCCUCCACCUACGCCAACUUCAGUCCUCUCCGAGCUAGUAACUAGUGCUUCACAGAAGAGUAAACUCAAGGUUCAAGAAACUGAGAAGCUAAACCCUAUUGAUGUACAACGCCUCUAUUUCAACUUGCUCCCUUAUGCAAUAGCUCAAGAUCCAAAUUAUGUUGUUCAGCUAGCAACCAACUUUAGUGAACAGAAAUCAGAAAUACAAGCAAAGCUAGGUUCUGAAGUGAAAGCAGGGGAUGAUUAUGAAUUUGGCCAAGAUUUUGAAUUGUUGGACUCACCAGAUAUUCUACUCACUGAUAUGGACAAUGUAUCAGAAAAUAGAGGAACAUCCACAUUAUCUUCAAAUGUCAUAAAGUCACCACCUUUGACAUCAAGAAACAUAGUAACACCUCCGUCUCCGCCCCCAUCACCACCAAUGCCAUCAGGAAACAUAGUAACACCUCCGCCUCCACCCCCACCGCAUCCCAUGAUGGCGCCUGCACCACCUACGUCGCCACCAAAGGCAACAUCAAAUAUAGUAACAAUACUUCUACCUCCACCACCUCCCAUGACAUCCAGAAAUGUAAUAGCACCUCCGUCUCCACCACCACCACCACCCCCAUCACAUCCCAUGAUGGUGCCUCCACCACCUCCAUCACAACCUAAGACAACAGAAAAUAUAAUAACGUUUCCACCUCCUCCACCCCCGCCUCCAUCGCAACCUAAGACAACGACAAAAAUAAUAACACUUCCACCUCCUCCACCGCCACCUCCAUCGCUACCUAAGACAAACACAAAUAUACUAACACUUCCACCUCCUCCACCGCCACCUCCAUCGCUACCUAAGACAAAAACAAAUAUACUAACACUUCCACCUCCUCCACCGCCACCUAAGACAACAACAAAUAUAAUAACACUUCCACCUCCUCCACCACCACCUCCGUCGCCACUUAAGACAACAUCAAAUAUAAUAACACUCCCACCUCCUCCACCGCCACCUCCAUCGCCACCUCAGACAACAACAAAUAUACUAACACUUCCACCUCCUCCACCGCCACCUCCAUCGCCACUUAAUACAACAUCAAAUAUAAUAACACUUCCACCUCAUCCAACGCCACCUCCCAUGACAUCCAGAAAUGUAAUAUCACCUCCGCCUCCACCACCACCUACCAUCGGAUCAAAGGGUAUGACACCUCCACCCCCACCUCCACCGAUGGCUUCAAAUGGAGCAGUGCCAGCACCACCUCCACCCAUGCCAAUGGGAAAAAGACCUGCACCUCCACCACCACUAGGGUUUAUGGGUGUGUUACGAGUUAAGAGAGCAGCCACUAAAUUGAAAAGAUCAACCCAAAUGGGUAAUCUUUAUCGACUUCUCAAGAACCAACUUGAAGGCUCUAGUUUAGAUAGUAAAUUACAUCACAGAAUGGGAAAAGUUGGUAACUCAGCAGGAGGUAAACAGGGAAUGGCUGAUGCAUUAGCAGAGAUGACAAAGAGGUCAGCAUAUUUCCAUCAAAUUGAAGAGGAUGUUAAAAAUUACGCUAAAACAAUCAAGGAGAUAAGCACAGCCAUUGCUUCUUUUAAAACAUCAGAUAUGUCCGAGCUCAUUAAAUUCCACGACUAUGUAGAAUCUCACCUUGAGAAAUUAACCGAUGAAUCGCAGGUGCUAGCAAGAUUUGAAGAUUUUCCUACCAAAAAGUUGGAAGAACUGAGGAUGGCAGCAGCAUUAUAUUCCAAGUUAGACACCAUCGCUACUACUCUGAAAAAUUGGCCCAUAGUCUCACCUGUUGGCGAACACCUUGACAAAGCUGAGAGCUACUUUAACAAGAUGAAAGUAGAAAUCGACACACUGGAACGAACAAAAGACGAGGAAGCCAAGAAAUUUAUAAGCCAUAACAUUCAUUUUGAUUUCGGCAUCCUCGUGCGUAUCAAAGAGUUAAUGGUUGAUGUUUCCUCAAACUGCAUGGAACUUGUCAUGAAGGAGAGGAGAGAAGAAAAGACAAGGGAAGACGGAAGAGGUGGAUCGAAAAAUGAUGGACGCAAAAAGGGAUCACGUAAACUGCUAUGGAAGGCCUUCCAGUUCGCGUUCAGAGUCUAUAGUUUUGCAGGUGGGCAAGAUGACCGCGCUGACAAGUUGACAAAGGAAUUGGCUCAAGAGAUCCAAACAUAUCCUAAUCAAUAGACAUAUAGUUAUACCCAGAGGCAGAUGGAGCUUUUGAACGAUCGGUUUGACAACUGAACCUAAUAUUUUUGACAACAACAACAACAUACCCAUUAUAAUCCUACCAAGUGGGGUCUGGGGAGGGUAGAGUUUUUGACAUGGAAUAUAAAUAUUUACUGGGAAAACAAAAACUAAAAUUCAAGAAAUAUUAGAUUUUAACCGCAUAAGUUUAGAAGUACAGCGAGUUCAGUGGUUAAAAUAUCAAUUUUGUUUAGACUGCAAGUAGAAUUGAGCAAAACUCUAUGCUUAUGAUAUACGUCCCAUCUUAGUAACUGGUUUGUAGCGUGUUCGUAGCAUCAGAUUGUCUAUUCUUUAUAAUGAAAUUAUAAGAGAGACUUGUUACUUCAGUAUUUGCCUAG